AUGGCAAGUCUACAUCCACCAGAAGUUCCAUUUAGCAAGGACCUUACCCUUCUCCAUUCUCAUCGCAGCCACACACAAACAGCUAAAGGUUUUCCGGCAAGAAUGGCUUCUAUGGCAGCAGCGUCCUCCCUCGGUGUGUCGGAAAUGCUUGGAAACCCGCUCAACUUUUCCGGUACAUCCAAGACGGCUCCUUCGGCUUCCAGUCCUGCCACCUUUAAGACCGUCGCCCUUUUCCAAAAGAAGAAACCGGCACCCAAGGCUAAGCCCGUUGCGGUCACCCCAGCUUCCGACGAGCUCGCCAAGUGGUACGGUCCCGAGAGAAGAAUCUUCUUGCCGGAAGGUCUUUUGGACCGAUCGGAGAUCCCCGAGUACCUCAACGGGGAAGUCGCCGGAGAUUACGGUUAUGAUCCUUUUGGACUUGGCAAGAAACCAGAAGACUUUGCCAAAUACCAAGCGUUCGAGCUUAUUCAUGCACGAUGGGCUAUGUUGGGUGCUGCCGGUUGCAUCAUUCCUGAGGCCUUCAACAAAUACGGUGCUAACUGUGGCCCUGAAGCUGUGUGGUUCAAGACCGGUGCUUUACUACUUGACGGAAACACUUUGAAUUACUUCGGGAAGAACAUUCCCAUUAACCUGGUCCUCGCUGUCGUUGCGGAGGUUGUUCUUGUUGGUGGUGCAGAAUACUACAGAAUCACCAAUGGCUUGGAUUUAGAGGACAAGCUACACCCUGGUGGGCCAUUUGACCCAUUGGGAUUGGCUAAAGAUCCAGACCAGUUUGCAUUGUUAAAGGGUCCUGUUGAAAACCUAGCAUCGCACUUGAGCGAUCCCUUUGGAAACAACAUACUAACCGUCAUUUCUGGAAACAUUGAACGAACCCCAACCCUGUAA